CGGACCACUGAAAACUCAUUCAUCAUCACGCGCUGUAUUCUGGUCGAGCUAGCCGUUGGUUUUACGCGCUAACCAGCGACACGUUUUAUGAACCAAGAAGUCGGUCGUAACGUCGCCCGUAUAGCUGUAACCGUAUCUAUUUAGCCGUAAUAUCAGCCGCUGUAUAUUUGUCUAACUUUAGCGACACUUUCCUGUCUGGUGUGCUGGGAACUAACGUGUCGUGUUAUGGGAGAGACACGGAGGUCAGGCGAGCUUUGGGCUGUCAACAAGAAUGUCCGAGUAACACAAGCCUGCUGCCAGUUUGACAGCUGUCUGUUGAUAUUGUAGCACUGAUCAACUGAAAAUUGAAUCAUGCCUGGGAAACUUAAGGCCAAAAUAGUGGCAGGGCGCCACUUGCCUGUGAUGGACAGAGCCAGUGACCUUACAGAUGCUUUUGUAGAGGUCAAGUUUGGAAACACAACCUUCAAAACUGAUGUCUGUCCCAAAUCCCUGAAUCCACAGUGGAACUCAGAAUGGUUCAAAUUUGAGGUUGACGACGAGGACUUGCAGGACGAGCCAUUGCAGAUCACAGUGUUGGACCACGACACUUACAGUGCUAAUGAUGCCAUAGGGAAAGUUUACAUUGACAUUGACCCGCUGCUGUGCAGUGAGGCUGCCUCUGUCAUAUCCGGCUGGUUUCCCAUCUAUGAUACUAUCCAUGGUAUCCGGGGGGAGAUCAAUGUACUCGUCAAAGUGGAGCUCUUCAAUGAUUUGAACCGCUUCAGACAGUCCUCCUGCGGGGUCAAGUUCUUCUGCACCACAUCCAUUCCACGGUGUUAUCGGGCAGCGAUGGUGCACGGGUUCGUGGAGGAACUUGUGGUGAAUGAAGAUCCAGAGUACCAGUGGAUCGACCGUAUUAGAACUCCUCGGGCCUCCAAUGAGGCCCGUCAGAGGCUCAUCUCUCUUAUGUCUGGAGAGCUGCAGAGGAAGAUAGGACUUAAAGUACUGGAGAUGGGAGGAAAUGCAGUGGUGGGCUACUUGCAGUGUUUCGAUCUGGAAGGAGAGUCGGGCCUGGUCGUCCGAGCCAUCGGUACUGCCUGCACACUGGACAAACUGAGCUCUGGAAGUGCCCCCAACACCAACACACACAUGCACCCUAGCACAGCCCCUGCUUCCAAUGCCUGCAAUUCCCCUUCUAAGGAUGGAAAGGAGCCGGUAUUUGGUGAGGACCUGCCCUUGUCCUCCGGCCCGCCUACCCCUUUCAGAGCCCUUCCCACCUCCUCCUCCUCUCCUCCCCCCUUCUCUCCCUCCAAGCCAUGCAGCCGCCAGUCCUCAUCAUCAGACACAGACCUCAGUUUGACGCCCAAGACGGGAAUGGGCAGUGGGGGCAGUGCCGGGAAGGAGGCGGGGCCCCUGAAGACUCUUCUUAGACAGCAGACGCAGACGGCUCUGGAGCAGAGGGAGUUCCCCUUCUUCACUUUGACGUCAUUCCCACCUGGUUUUCUGGUUCAUGUGGGUGGAGUAGUCAGCGCUCGCUCUGUCAAACUACUGGACCGCAUACACAACCCUGAUGAACCAGAGACUCGUGAUGCCUGGUGGGAAGAGAUUCGCCAGGAGAUCAAAUCUCAUGCCAAAGCUCUUGGUUGCCAUGCUGUUGUGGGAUACAGUGAGAGCACUAGCAUCUGUGAGGAGGUGUGUAUCCUGUCAGCGUCGGGCACAGCAGCCAUCCUGAAUCCUCGGUACAUGCGGGAAGGCUGUCUAGACAUUGGCAGCACCGAUCACAGGUUCGAGGAGCCGUCUCCCCCGAGCUGUGGCUUCUGUCACAUACCGUAUGAUGAACUCAACAUGCCGUUUCCUGCUCAGCUCACCUACUGUUACCACUGCAGACGACAAAAGGUUCCUGAUGUGCUGUUCACAACAAUUGACCUGCCAUCAGAAGCAGCUGUCACGGGGAAGGGUUGCCUUAUCCAGGCCAGACUGUGUCGUUUAAAAAAGAAAGCCCAGGGAGAAGUGAAUGCGACGGCCAUCUCCAACUUGCUGCCUUUUAUGGAAUACGAGCUACACACGCAGCUGAUGAACAAACUGAAGCUGCGGAGCAUGAAUGCUCUGUUUGGUCUACACAUACAGAUCAGUGUCGGCGAGAACAUGCUCCUUGGUCUGGCUUCUGCCACAGGAGUGUAUCUGACAGCCCUCCCCGCACCAGGGGGCAUUCAGAUUGCGGGGAAGACUCCUGGUGACCUGAGCAAUGAGCACCACAUCUUGACCAUCCAGAAAAAGAUCAACGACACUGUAGCGAAGAACAAAGAACUCUAUCAAAUAAACCCUCCGAAAUUAUUUGCCCUGGACCCUGAGGUGUUCUGCGGCAUAAACAUGGAGCUGACAGAGGAAGCGGUGGGUUCUCCGAUCCCUGAGCCCAGACAAAGAUCCAGACUUUUUCGCUCUCACUCAGAAAGCUCUGAUGAACUGUCAGAAUUGGACCUCUCCCAUGGGAAGAAGGAUGCCUUCGUCCUGGAGAUUGAUGACACUGAUGCUGUGGAGGACAUCCACUCUCUCCUCACUGAUAACUCUCCCCCUACAGGUUUCUACAGCUGCAACACUGAGAUAAUGCCUGGGAUUUACAACUGGACUUCGGGAGUACAGAUGUUUUCAUCAGUGAGGGUCUUUAGGUUGAGUAAUGCCAAUCUUACUAAUCAAGGCUUGAACAAGAUCUUCACUGACCUGUGUGAGAAUCUGCUAAGGAGUUUUUACUUCAAGCUGCGCUCUAUGAUCCCCUGCUGUCUUUGUCAUCUCAACUUCACUGUAGCAGUACCAGAAGAAGAGCUCAUACAGGUUGUAGUGACAGCGGUUGCCAUGACAUUUGACAAGGACCAGACCCAGGAGAAGCCAGCAGACAAGACUAUCACCAAAGGAUCCAGUGAGACUGAAGAGCAGCUGCAGUUUCCCUUGGAGCUGUGCACAGACUCGUCAUCCACCAACAAUCAGCCAUCAUCCAAAAUCUCAGGUACAGUCUCUUUACUCACCCCAGCUGCAAAACUCUGCCAAAAUCAGCUGGUUGUGGUUCGCUCAGCAGGUCUCCCAGAGAGUACCAAUGUCUCAUCCAGAGCUGCCUCCGUUGAUUACGGUUCCUUUGCAGACAGAUGCAGCACCUGGCUAGAGCUGCUUAGGCUGAAAGCUCACACCAUAAGACGGGGAUCAGUUAAGACAAGUAGGAGGACACAGUCUCUAGCACACUCUGUGUCAUCUUUGGAUCGCAGCAGUCCGCUCCCCGAGGGACGUUCCCGCUCGCUGCGCUCCACCCGCUCAUUUGGAGGAACCUCGGUCACCGUGGUGAAGAUGACACCGCUCUCCUUCCUUCCUGGGUUGCGCAUCAUUAAAUACCUCGGGAUCAUCAACAUGUUCUUUAUCAGAGAGACAACAUCGUUACGGGAGGAAGGCGGAGUUAGUGGCUUCCUCCAUUCAUUCAUAGCAGAGGUGUUUGCAAUGGUUCGAGCCCAUGUAGCAGCCCUUGGUGGCAAUGCAGUAGUCUCCUACAGCAUGAAAGAGUGUAUGUUGAUGGAAAAUCCAAACAAGAACCAGGCUCAGUGUCUCAUUAAUGUGAGUGGUGAUGCCGUCAUCUGUGUCAGGGAAACGGACCAGGAGCCCAUGCCCUCAGUGACAAACAUAGGACAGAGCAGCAGUAGCGGAACUGAUGGGACUACAUGACAAUGAAACAUGGACCCUCACUCUGUCUGCAGGACACAUAAUAUGAGGACACACUCUCUGAGUCUAGCCGUCCAAAUAUGAGUAAUUUAUGUCUGCCUUAAAACUUUGUAAAAGAUCCAAAUAUCUGGACAUAGGUAACAAAGAACAAAUUCUCACACACACAAACAUGCAGUCUGUAUUAACAUGGAAGGUGCAGGAUGUUUGUCUCUGUGUUUUUUAUGUACAUUAACAGAAUUUUUGCAGGA